GGUCUGCGGUGCAGAGCAGACAACACAGUAGCGCCUGGAUUCUCCUUGCUGCUGCUGCGUGCAUCGUCCAUCCUAAACUGUGUCCUCUUCUGCUGCUGGUGGUGUUUAUUUCGUUCUUCUGAGUCUUCUCCUCCCUGAGCACCGGGGGAUGAUGGGGGAAUGAUCAGCACCGACUACCCUCCACGGCCGCCGCCACCUCCUGCUCUUCCUCCUCUUGCUUCUCCUUCGGUCGGUCUACGUGUCCCCUGACAGUCGUCGGAGCUCUGCCCAGGAUGUGGGCCCCGCUGCUCGGCCAGGCUGCGGUGUUUGCGGCCCUGUUGGCGCUGAGCACCUGCUUGACAGGAUCUCAUCUGUGCCCACGGAGUUUGGACUGUGCCCGGGCAGGACGACACUUCUGCCAGCCGGGCAGCUCACGCUGUGGCCCCUGCCUGCACCCUCUGGUGGAGAACUCCCAUGGCCGAUGUGUGGUCAAAAGGAGGCAUGCUCCUCACUCUGCUCAGUUCAAUACAGGUAAGACGAGCACUUACCCUGAGCUGGAUGAGGAGAUCGACUUCCUGUCUGCCAUCAUCAGUGAGCAGAGAACUGAGACCAGGCUGCCAGCUCCACCCUCACAGGAUGUCUCUAAACUCAAAUCCAAGCAGCUCAGUGACUCCAUCCACGCCCACAGAGCGUCCGUCACUGAGCAGCCCACGAGCCAGAGUGUCCCACUUACCAGGAUUUCUCCACCCACCAUCACCGCCACCACCACAAACCACACUCCCGCUCUGCUCAGCGAACCCAUCAUCCUUCCCUACCCUUCCGGUGACCAUGUCUUCAUCAUCAUGAGUAGCAUCUUCAUCGUGGCGGGUUCGCUGGCUUUGAUAAUGGCAGGAGCCUGUUGGGUCAGACUGCAGAAAGGUGUGCGUCUAACUCAGAAGGUGGACUCUCCUGCAUAUGGACUGAUCAGAGCCCAAACCUUUGACAAUUUGCCUGGGGACAAGAAGCUGGCCCACAGUGCCCAGAUGUACCACUACCAGCACCAGAAGCAGCAGAUGCUUUCACUGGAGAAACACAGGGAUGAGCCAAAAGUUCCUGACUCAGGAGCAUCAACAGAUGAGGAGAACGAGGACGGAGAUUUCACAGUGUACGAGUGUCCUGGUUUGGCACCUACAGGGGAAAUGGAAGUGAAGAAUCCGCUGUUUGAUGACUCCACUCUUUACCUGCAGAGGUUCCACAAGUAAACCUGGACAUUCAAACUCUGUCCCACUCUGAACGCAGCACCUGUGUGUACAAAUAGUUUAAUUUACAGACAUGCACACACUCCACAUACACUACUGUGCACAGUCCAGUCCUUUUAAUGGACAGGACGGAGAGUGUAAGGUACGUGGAGGAGGAGUGAGGUGUUCAUGGACAUUUAAAGGACGUCACGGGGCUGGUUUCUUGUUUGAAGCAGGACUGAAUCUUGGACCAAUAUCUCCCAUUCUACAGCCACAUACUCUCCUUUUUUAUGCCAUCUCUCUUUUUUCCUAGUUUUGUUUACAAAAUUACAAUCAACUCAUAUCGGAGAAUUGAAAAUGACUUCUGUCAGGUAGCAGACACACAUAUGGACUUUCUUUCUGAUGCCACUGAGCUACAGCUAAGAGUUUCCGUCAGUUAAUUGGAAGGCCUCCAUGAAUGUUUAUUAAUCAGUAAACACUUAAUUUAUUGAGUCGUCACUGCAGGCUUUGGUUUUAAUGAACCGUUUUUAAAAAGAAAUGUAAUUUUAGUACUUUGUGAACACACCUCCAUGCAGCACCGUGAUCAGUAUCACUAUGUUAUGUAGCCAUUGUGUUCUCAGUCUAGUUGCUCUAUGCAUGAAUUGAUGACGCUGUGUAUGAAACAUGAGAGACAAUAUGCAUUUACAGUUCUUACAAGUUUCUUGUGCAAACUUGCAAUUUGCUAAAAAAAAAUCAUAUAUAUAUAUAUAUGUAUAUGUAUAUGUAUAUGUAUAUGUAUAUGUAUAUGUAUAUGUGUAUAUAUAUAUAUCUCAAAGGAAUUUGAAACUUCUCUACCUAGCACUCUGAAACAGAGUGAGGCCAUCGUGUAUAUAUGGUACCUAGCUAAUAUGGCUGGUCCCCAUGGUUUUGUGAUCUGUAUAUAGCUGCUAACGUGUACAGGAAUGAGAUCUUACCUCUCACUCACUGUGUUCGUACUCUAGAUUCCCGAGUACUGUGUCAAAUAUUGAGCUGUUUGUUUCCUUAUCAUUGACUAUACUUGCAGGGUUCCUACACAUGUGGAAUGAACACAGUUAUGAUGUUCAGGGUCUGAAAAUAUAUUAUACCCACUCUAUGUGUUGCGCAUAACAGUUUUUAACUGAAAUGUAGUAGUUUUGUAGAUUAAGGGGAAAGCAGAAAGCAUCCGCACACUGUAACAUAGCUCCUGAACUUUUAUUAGAAGUGAACAUGUAAUAUUUCAGUCCUACCAAGUCUUUAUCUGGUAAAACAUGACAAAAAGGUAGCGUCCAUGUUGGUAUAAAUUACUAAUUAUCAUGCUAAUGUCAGCGACAGCCAAUCAAGUGAUUUGGAUAAAAACUUUUCAUUAUCAUAGAACAAUAUGUAUAUUCAAUAUAUCUGGGAUUUUUGCAAAAAUAGCAACAACAUUGUUCAAGAUUAAAUAGACGCCACUUGCUAGAAAAUAAUGGUAAGGGAUACAAAUAUUCCCUCAGAAGGGCAUAUAGUAAUUACAGUCACAAGAGGAGCUGCCACAUUUCUAAUAAAAGCUUUAAGUGACUCAUAAAUAUAUGGAAGUUGUCAUUUUUAGAAUGACACAUAUGAGAAAAAUUGCUUAUACAAGGCAGACGUGGCAACCCUGGCCAGAAACCAGAGCAGUGAUGCACCAAUCAGAACGUUGUCUGUCUGGUGCAUCUCAGACCCAAAUCAGCCCUGUGGUGCUUUGACCAGUUUUACAAUACAUGCUUGGGAAAAUUAUGCCCAAAUAAAAGCUGCCACAAAAAUACUGUAGUCCCAUUGAAUUUUCAUCAGAAUUUAGCUACAGUCACACAGAAGCUACACUCAAAUGAAAAAUCAAAAAUUUCAGUUCAAUUAAAGGAUUUUAAUUAAACAUUAGUGUCUCUGGACCUAAAUAAUCCAGUGUGCAGAUAUAAUGAAUGCACCAAUCUAACUUUGUCCUCCCUGAUACCAGUUUGAGGGCCUGUCAUGACUGAAUGACAAUUUACUGACAGUAGUAAGACUGAAUUUUCAUAAUGGCAUUUUCAUAAUCUGCUCAUAUGAUUGAAUUGGUGCAUUCCUAAUGGAUAUUCUCUGCUUUUUCCUUUACUGGACCUGCUUCCCUCAGCUGACCUAGAUACUGCAUAGAACUGCAAGUGCACAACUACCUUUCUGUAUGUUGCACAUGGUCAUGUUGUCCCUGUGCACAGGUCAUAGAUUAAAUUACACACCCGGGAUGAUUCUUAAUCUCCAGUGACAGAAGUUAGUCAGGGACCCUGGACAUAACCGUGGCCUCUCGCUGUCGUCUCUCAGGAAAGCCGCUCUCCGUGGCUCCUCUCUUCAGCCUGCUCCCACCUUUUCAGCCUCUCAGCUCUCCUGUAGUGGAAGAGCAUGUUAAACUGUACUUGACCUGCACACAUACACGUUCAUAAGUGUCAGUAUGUAAAAAGAAAUAUCUACAGCAGAUACCAGGAGUAUUAAGACUGGAAAUCGUUAACUGUGUUUUAAAGACUAUUCAAACCCGCUGAGCUUGUAGAACAAAAUGAAGGAUAGUUUAUUGGUUGGUUGGAUGGAUAAGAGAUUUCCAGAAAACAUGUAAUUCACAUGUUGUUUGCCUUUUUUUUUUAAUGGUACAAGGCUCUGCUUUCCCUUCACCAAUGCUGAGAGCUAAACAAAAACUGAGCGGGUUGUCUUGUUUUGGUCAUCGUGCCUGUGAUGAUGACCGGGUCUGUUGAAGGAACUCUAGAACAAGUAACUACCAAGGCUAGUUCUCUUUGAUAAAGACUGUUUUCAGACUACAUGUAUUGAGUUCUGUACACUAUGGACUUCUUUACCACUAUGUUUAGCAUGCAUGUGGAUAUACCAGAGCUGAAAUGAAAGAAAUAAAUAUUUAUAUAA